UGUGCUGAGCUUGGGGAAGUAACAUACACCGAUGUAUUUGCAGAAAUGAAAGUUCUCCUAGUCGUUCUCUUAGCGACCGCUGUAGCUUCGCAACUGAUUGCGCCAUUGAUAACAGUUGAUGAACCCAUUCCCGGGCGUUAUAUCGUCAAACUCAAGGAAGGACGGAAGUUGGAUGAUGUCGCUUUCAAACUAGAUGGCGCCAAAAUUCUACGCACAUACAAAAAUGUGUUCAGUGGAUUCGCCGCCGAUCUCAGCGAUCGUCUGGUUGAACGACUCCGUAAAUCUGAUGCCGUUGAAUACAUCCAAGAAGACGGAAUAGCAUACGCCAGCGCAGUCUCAUCAUGGGGGCUCGAUCGCAUUGACCAGAUCAAUCUCCCACUCGAUGAUACCUACAACCAAGUACUCGGAGACGGUGAGGGGGUAAGCGUGUACGUCCUCGAUACAGGAAUCAAUCUCAACCACCAGGACUGGGUAGGACGAUCUUCAUAUGGCAUAGAUACACACGGAGGAACUGGUGAGGAUUGCAAUGGCCACGGAUCUCACUGCGCAGGUACAAUCGGUGGAACUCAGUACGGUGUCGCCAAGGCGGCAAAACUCAUCGGAGUUCGUGUACUCUCAUGUGCAGGAUCAGGCGCUUUUUCCCAGAUAAUUGAUGGUUGUGAUUGGGUAGCUGGGAACGCCACCCUGCCUGCUGUAGCUUCCAUGUCGCUUGGUGGUGGUGCUAACCAAGCAACCGAUGAUGCCAUCCAGCGAAUGAUUGAUGCUGGUAUCACUGUGGUUGUAGCAGCGGGGAAUAGUAACACGGAUGCCUGCAACACCUCACCAGCUCGAUCUGAACCUGCAAUCACUGUCGCAGCAUCAGAUAUUACAGACACUAGGGCUUCCUUCUCUAACUACGGUACCUGUUGUGAUAUCUUUGCACCUGGCGUGGAUAUUACAUCAGCUUGGUAUGGCGAACCAGAUGCUACUAACACCAUCAGUGGUACCUCUAUGGCUUGCCCACAUGUAGCAGGUGCUGCGGCGGUAAUACUUGCUAACGAUCCCGGUCUCACCCCAAGUGAAGUGAAAGAAGCCCUUCAACUUAAAUCUAUCGGUGAUGCUGUACAAGAUCCACAGUACGGAUCACCCAACCUAUUACUCUACAUAGGGGAAGGAUCAGGAGGUGGAUUCAUCCCUACACCACCACCACCACCACCAGGCUGUGGUGGGCUAUUCGACUCACCGUCGGGAACGUUCACCAGUCCAUAUUACCCAGGUAGCUACGAUAACAGUAUGAACUGCGAGUACCUUAUUUCGACCACGGAUGAACAGCAAGUAGUGUACGUGACCUUUGAAUUCUUCGAUCUCGAGUCCCAAAGCACCUGUAACUACGAUUCGCUCACGGUAUAUGAUGGAACAAGCACGAGCGAUCCUGUGUUAGCGACUUUGUGUGGUAACACCAUUCCUGAUAGCUUGACAAGCAGUGGCAUGAGCAUGUUCCUCGUGUUCAAAACUGAUAGCAGUGUUACUAGGAAUGGCUUUUCUGCAUCAUACCAAGCUGUAGAGAGCGGAGGAGGAGGAUUCAUCUCUACACCACCACCACCAGGCUGUGGUGGGCUAUUCGACUCACCGUCGGGAACGUUCACCAGUCCAUAUUACCCAGGUAGCUACGAUAACAGUAUGAACUGCGAGUACCUUAUUUCGACCACGGAUGAACAGCAAGUAGUGUCCGUGACCUUUGAAUUCUUCGAUCUCGAGUACCACACCACCUGUUACUGGGAUUCGCUCACGGUAUAUGAUGGAACAAGCACGAGCGAUCCUGUGUUAGCGGUUUUGUGUGGUAACACCAUUCCUGAUAGCUUGACGAGCAGUGGCAGGAGCAUGUUCCUCGUCUUCAAAACUGAUAGCAGUGUUACUAAGAAUGGCUUUUCUGCAUCAUACCAAGCUGUGUAGAGCGGAGGAGGGUACUAAUCAAGGAAGGAUCACAGCAAGAGUUCAAACUAGCCUUAAUAUUUGAAAACAUCUAUCACCAGAAAAUAAUUUUACAAAUGAUUGAGUACAAUACCUUGAUUCUUUAACGUCAGAGGUUCCAAUUAGCCGACAUUUGUAGGCGGAGGCGAUUGAAACAUAUUCUAUGUUUUUUGAGGUUUUAUGAGGCACAGUUAAUUUGUGGAAUCAUUAAGCACAACAUAUAAACGUACAGUUCUAUAAUCAAUUAUGGGCAUAUAUUUUAAGAUUUCCAAGCCUCGACAUUGAGAACUUUUUGAGAUAUAGCGUAAAAAGUAUACCAUUUUAUUGGCAGUUUCCAAUAAACCCAUUUUUAUGAAUUUACCGCAUUUUUUCGCUAACAGUAUCAAAUAUUGAAAUAUUCCGCUACAGAUUCCUCACAAAAACUGUAUAAUUAUGAAUGUCAGGAUACACACAACUUUAUGUUGCCAAUCCCGAGGGUGUUAUGUAUGCUUAACAACUCAUCUACUUUUAUUUUCCCGCUUUCUUUAGCAUAAUAUUAUAAGAUAUUCCGGUCAUAUGAAUAGUGAAUGA